AUGGAUCCAAACUCCAGCUUGCUUUUGGGUCCAGCCCAGUAUCUGACAGAACCUUGUAUGGAAGGUGGAAGAAGCCUGUCCCCCAGAGAGCAGAGCAGAUGCUCCCCCUUUGCCUGGAGUCAGGUCCCCAGCUCCAGCCUCUCCGACCCUGACUGCUUUGGGGAUGAGCACAUCCAGGCAAAGAGGGCCAGAGUAGAGACCAUCGUCAGAGGCAUGUUCCUCUCCCCAACCUCUCUGGGGCCAGGCAGGGCCCUCGCUGGGGACAGCCCAAGCCGCCCAGAGAAGGCCCGGGGGCGGAAGAGGAAGCAGAGCCUUCCCAUGCAGCAAGACCCCCUGGAGGCAGGCCCCGCAGGGAACCGGGGCAGCGGCAGGAAGGGGGGCCCUCGGGUGAGAGGACAGCUCCACCUGCUGAGGCAGCAGAUGAGACACCUGCAGGAGCGUAUCCUGCAGGCCGUGGAGCCCAGGGCCGCAGCUCAGGGCCCUCCAACAGCAGGCCAGAGGAAUGGCUCUGGGUCUGGGCCCUGGGGGGUGGACAGCGACCACUGCCAGGGGUCCAUCAGGGACCUCUCCAGGGUGGAGAAACACAGAGCGUCUGAGGUCCAGUACCUGUCUGAGGGGCCCAGAUUUCUUCCCUCUGAAGCACGGGCCUUGCUGGAGAGUCUGAAGAAAGAACUGACGGGGGCCAUAUCCCAGGCUGUGGACUCGGUGUUACAAAAGGUACUGGUGGAUCCAUCGGGGCACCUGACUCAGCUGGGCGGGAGAUUCCAGGAGCCGGUGCCAGAUGGGAGAAGCGAGCCCUUGCCUCCUGAGGGCAGUGCCCGUAAAGAUCCGCUUCCUCUGGCGGCCUUGCCCAGACGGGCCCAGCCACCAGCGGGGGCUCCACUGGGAAGCUUAUCGCUGGCCAAACCUCUAGAUUCUCCCAGGUACCCCAUCUCUCUGAGAAUGAUCCCCAAACCCUAUCAGGCUUCCCCAGCAGACUGUCCCUUGGUGGUUGCACCUGCCCACAUCCAGGAGGAGCAGAUUCUCGGCCAGCUACUGGGCCAUGGGCCCGGUGGCCGCUGGAGGGGUGGUCUUCCUCAGGACCCGUCUGCCCUGAGCCAGCCCUCCUCUGAGGUGGCCCUGCGACCUUGGGGAGCUGCCAAACUGCGACCUCUGGCCUUGAGCCAGCAGCAGCGCCCCUGGCCCUUCACGUCCACCUGUUUGGAAAGACUGCCCCUCGUUCCCCCGAUGAAAAUGGAGCCGGGUGGCCGGCAGGCCGUCAUGGACACGCUUCCUUUCUCUGUGGCCCACAUCCAGGAGGGCCUCAAUCCUGGUCACUUGAAGAAGGCCAAACUAAUGUUUUUCUUCACACGCUACCCCAGCUCCAACCUCCUGAAGGCUUACUUCCCUGACGUUCAGUUCAACCGCUGCAUCACCUCCCAGAUGAUCAAGUGGUUCAGCAACUUCCGUGAGUUUUAUUACAUACAGAUGGAGAAAUUUGCCCGGCAAGCGAUUUCAGAUGGUAUCACAAAUCCCAAAAUGCUGGUGGUUCUCCGUGACUCAGAACUUUUUCGAGCUCUCAAUAUGCACUAUAACAAGGGAAACGACUUUGAGGUCCCAGACUGCUUCUUGGAAAUCGCCAGCUUGACUUUACAGGAGUUCUUCAGGGCUGUCUCCGCAGGCAAAGAUGCAGAUCCUUCCUGGAAGAAACCCAUUUAUAAAAUUAUUUCGAAACUGGACAGUGACAUCCCAGAGAUAUUCAAAUCUUCCAGCUAUCCCCAGGAACUGUUUCAGAAUUAAGAUCCCACAAAGUGAGGAGUGACUUGUCUGGCUUUCCUGGGUUUGCUUCUCAAAUGGCAGGCAGUACAGCUGUAGUCAUAUAAAGAGGGCAUAAGGAGAAAUCCCUCAAAUAGGUACUACGACCAUUUUUGAUCAUUUAUUUCCUCUUCCAGAAUAACCAGAGGUUUAACAUUAACUAUAAAAUACUGUAAAAGGAACUCAACGGUUUGGAACCAGAAGACUCUCCACUCCACUGUUUCCAGGUAUCAUGACCCUGGAAACCUGCAGUUAUCUCUGCAUCUGUAAAACGAGGUUGUAAGGAUAAAGAGAUAUGUCUGAGAGUACUCUGUGAAAUGUUUAUUACUCACUACACAAAUGUUCUUUUUUUCCCCCCUUCAGUUUUCAGAUAAAGUUAUCUUAUUUGGAGUCUUUUUUACAAAUUGUGCUGUUUUUAGUUAUCUAUUUAUCAAGUUUCACUGAUUUGCAAGACACUUUCAAAUACAUUCAGUUCAGUUCAGUUCAGUCACUCAGUCGUGUCCAACUCUUUGCGACCCCAUG